CACCGCUGUCAAACCGAAACGCAAACUCCGCCUGACGUCCCGUUGACAGCCGAGCAGUUUACUGCCACGGCGGAAGUGGAGGAUCGCUCUUUUUCCGGCAUCUGCCAGUCGAACACAGUAGACACAUUUUCGCUCUGCUGAUUUAAAACUCGUUAAAAAUGUCGCUCGUGAUCCCAGAGAAGUUCCAGCACAUUCUUCGUGUGCUCAGCACCAACAUCGACGGUAAGCGUACCGUUCCGAUUGCGCUGACGGCCAUCAAGGGUGUCGGUCGCCGUUAUGCCCACGUCGUCCUGAAGAAGGCCGAUGUCGACCCAUUCAAGCGCGCCGGAGAGUGCUCCGAGGAGGAGGUCGAGAAGAUCGUCACCAUCAUCUCGAACCCCCGCCAGUACAAGAUCCCCGAUUGGUUCCUGAACAGACAGAAGGACAUCAUCGAUGGCAAGUACUCCCAGCUGACCUCCUCCAACGUCGAUUCCAAGCUGCGUGAGGAUUUGGAACGACUGAAGAAGAUCCGUGCCCACCGUGGUCUGCGUCACUACUGGGGCCUGCGUGUGCGCGGUCAGCACACCAAGACCACCGGUCGCCGUGGACGUACCGUCGGUGUGUCCAAGAAGAAGUAAAGUGCUGCCCCGGGGGAAUGUGCUGCUCUGUUUAUGGUGGGAGUGUGGAUUUGUAUAGGUUUACACGAUACAAAGAAAGGAGGAAUCCGUUUAUUUGGCGCUAUCGGUGUUUGCACUUACGAAUAAGUUCCGGAAUGAGUUAGUCAAUCCGAUGGAGACGAAUAAAUGGUUGAAAAGAUGAAGGAAA